CAUGGCGGCGGCGCGGGGCUGGCCCUGGCCCUGGCCCUGCCUCCGGGCCCUGCUGCGGCUGCUGCUGCUGGCGAGCGGCGGGCAACGACCGGGCGCCGCCGAUCACUGCAGCUGGAGGGGCAGUGGUUUGAGCUGGGAGCCCCGUUCCCGUGCCGUGGAACAGGUCCAUCUGCGCUGCACCGAGGGCUCCCUGGAGUGGAUGUACCCAGCACGAGCCCUGCGUGUCGUCCUGGAGCCCAACCUCUCCAGUGCCCGGCACACCACUGUCUGCAUCAAGCCUGCCAGUGACUUCCAGGGUGCCAGCAUCUACGUGGAGCGUGCUGGGCAGCUGCACCUGGUGGUAAGCGAGGCAGAAGGGGCUCGACCCCACCAUGUGUCUUGCUUCAGUGCCCACACACCGCAACGAGUGGCCCUCUUCCUGCAGGCCAGCCCGCAGAGGGACAUCAGCCGCCGGACGGCCAGCUUCCAGUAUGAACUGCUGAGCAACCAGAGUGCUGCUGGCCCCGACUUCAAAAAGAUGGCCCUGGUGGAAGCAAUGUGCCGUCCUUGUGACAACGUGGAACUUCUUAUGGCCAUUUGCAGCAGUGAUUUUGUGGUGAAAGGAUCUAUCCGAAAUGUUUCCCACGAUUCAGAGAACCACAUGUCACAGGUUGAAGUCAGCAUCCAGAAAGUCUACAGACAGAAAAACAGAAUUUUCCAGCAGGAUGAAGCGAGUGGUGAAUGGCGAGGCCCUGUCCGAACCCUGCUACAGUGCAAGGUGAAGAAGGGAGGUGGAGUUUUCCUUUUCACUGGAAAUGAACAUUUUGGCGAAGCUUGGUUGGGCUGUGCUCCUCGGUUUAAAGAUUUCAUGUUUGUUUACCGGGCUGCCAGAGAAAGAGGGGCGAACCCAUGUGAGUUUCAGCUCGACUGACAAGAGUGAUGCUGGAGCUGAGAGUUUAAAAAUUUUAGCCCAGUCUUUUGACUGUUAAAAUCAAGGACUAAAGCCAACAAUUUCACCAAAACUGGGACCUGGAGAAUUUCCUGAAGAUAAUGGCUCUGUGAGCCUGGUGGACUCUGCCUUUUAAUCCACAUUUGCAUUAAUUGCAUUAGUUUCUCCUCUUCACAUCUUCUUUGCCUCACAAAAUAACUCUGAAUUUUGAAAUGUUGUCUUUUUUGUGGUUAGAAAGCAGCUUGUGCUCAGUAUUACAAAAUUCUCUCUAACAUCUUCUCUGUGGACAUACUGUGUGCUUUUUCUCUAGAUUUUUUCUCUCCUCCCCCAUUUCUACUUGAUUUCCCUUCCGAAUGACUUCUUUUUUUGUUUUUAACAAGAUAAUUUCUGUCCAUCUCACCACUUCGUCGCUCCCAGGUGUUUCUAAGAUGAAUGCUAACUCUGAUCUUAGCCAUAGUUACUAAACCUUCAGGCUAAUCGGCAGCUUUGCCAGGUUUUUUUUCCUUCUGUUUGUUAGCAGAGAGAUUAACUAACCCUCUGAGGCAAAAUCACAGCUGAUGUAGUUCUGCAGCACUCUGUUGACAGUGUCUGAUUUUGCUCCCCGUGGAAACAGGUCAAUGAGGGAUACUGCACUUUAGCUAAUGUGAACACUAACACUGUGUCCUAUUGGAGGAGAAAAGGUGUUUGGGAAAUGCCUUGAAAUAAUCAGAAGGUUUGGUUGUAGCAUUGCCUGCAUGAGAAUGUAAUGUUUAGUAUUCAUGGGACUGGGCCCACGAUUAGCUCUCAUUAGUGUGUGGUGCACAACAGAACAGACCCAAGCAAACUGGCCUUUGUAAAGUAUUGGAGGAUGUACAGGGGUAUCCGAGUACUUGGGUUUUGAGAGCUGGAGAUCAGUGCUGCAUUUGAGAUUUUAAAUGGAGUACUCUUCUUUGGUUGGUAUUUGCACUGUAAAUAGGAGAUAAAGUAUGUUUUUUAGUAUUGAUUGGA